UGGUAAAUAGGGUAAUUACAUAAGAAAUAUGCUAAUUUAACCGAUUUUAUCAUACUUGGUGUAAGAUGGGGUGCUAUCAUCAAAGUGCUUUUCACUCAUCAAAAUGGGCCACCUGAAUUUGAGGUGUUUGAGAUCUAAGAUUGAUGAAGUCGUGACCUUACCUUAGCUCAAGUUUUUUUGAUUAGGUAUCUUUUAUCCAUUAAUUUAUCUAUGUAGGGAGACGUUUACACCCUUAAUGCGCAUAUAAUGUGAGGGGACAUGUCAAAUAGCAAUUUCGGUCAAACAUGGUCUGGUGAUAUAGGUCAGCCCGCCAGACAGGUGAAGGAGUAUUUGGGCAAGGAUCAUGAAAGUCCUCCUCAAUAUUCAGGAGUAUAAAGAACCCUGAAGUAGGUGAUACUUGAAGAACAAAAUGACGGCCUCAAAUCAAGAGGACUUGGCACCAGAAGAAGAUGAAGACUACUAUAGUCUCCUGAACAUUCCUAGAGAUGCGCCACAAAGCUCCAUUAAUGAUGCAUACCGGCGGCUCAGUCGCCUCUACCACCCAGACAAGCAUGUCGUGGCAGAGCAAAAGCAGCGGGCUGAGGUCAUGUUUGGCAAAAUCAAAACUGCCUAUGAAGUGCUCAGCGACCCCCAUCGGCGCGCCAUCUACGACAGUGUCGGCGUGGCGGGCCUGCGCACCGAGGGCUGGCAGGUGGUACAGCGCACUAAAACGCCACAGGAGAUCCGAGACGAGUACGAGCAGUUGGCCAGGGAACAGGCGGAACGGCGCCUGUUGCAGAGGACAAACCCAAAGGGCUCAGUGACGCUGUUCAUCAAUGCCACCGACCUGUUCUGCAGCUACGGGGAUGAGCUGGACGACGACGAACUGGACGACUGGCUGCUGCCCCAAGUGGAGGUCACCGGCAUGUCUUUCACGCAGAGCAUUGAGGCUCCGCUCACUCUCCGCGACACUGCCACAAUGUCCGGUAAUCUGUCGACGUCGAACGGCACCGGUCAGGGCCAGGUGAGCUGCUCAGUUCGCCGGCUCUUCUCGGACCGCUGCUGGGCAGAGGCCGAGCUGGGGGUCGGCGACGGUCUCAUGGUGUCGACACGCGCCUUCCGCUCGCUGGGCCGCCACCUGCACGCCACCGGACACGGGUUCAUCUACCUGCUGCCGAACGGGCUCGGCCGCGUCGGACUGCUCGGCUCUUUGGGCUGCCAGCUGGACCGCCGCACGGUCGGGUACCUCAGCUACCGGGUCGGCCGGCCGGCCGGCGUUCAGGCCAUGGUGGUUCGCGAGACGGAGCACAGUCGCCAGUCGGUCAGUCUGUACGUGGGCGUACCGCACAGCUACGUCACCGGCAGUCUGACGGUCACACUGCCAGAGGCAGACGUCAAGGCCAGACUCGUCGCCAAGGGUGGCUCCUUCGGUUUUCUUGUCGAGUGCGGCCUGGACAAGAAGAUAACUGAGCUUAGCACACUGGGCGCUACUGUCAGUGUCGGUCUUCCCACAGGAGUCGCCGUCAAACUCAGGUUGAGUCGGGCCAGUCAGACAUACACUUCGCACGUGCGUCUGUCUGACGAGCUGCAGGCCAGUGCCGUGUUUUACGGCACCGUGGUGCCUCUGCUGGCCUGGACGGCCGUCAACAGGCUGCUGGUGGCACCAUACGUCAGCCGGCGCCAGAAGGAGGAGGCCCAGCGGCGCCGAGAGGCCAACAGGGAGAGGACGGCGGCGAAGCGCAGGGAGGCGGAGGCUGCCGUCAGUCUGAUGCGCGAGACGGUGGCCAGGAUACGGCAGGCCGAGGAGCUGCGCAGGGGACUCGUCAUCACCGCCGCCUGGUACGGUCGCAUUGUGCAGGCCGGCUCGGGUGACCAGGCCAACGGUGGUAUGGAGGAUCUGGUGGACGUCACCAUCCCGCUGCAGUGCCUCGUCACCGACUCCAAACUGAUCCUGCAGGAGGGAACCAAGAGCCACCUGCCGGGCUUCUUUGACCCGGCGCCGGACACAGAGAAGAGCCUGCAGGUGGAGUACCUGUUCCACAACGCGCGGCACCAGGUGACCGUGGCCGACACCGACCCGCUGCGAAUACCCAAACCAUCUCAUCGAACAGAAUCGUGACCCCAGUCAGUCCACUAGUCGACUAGUGCAAUGAGCCGUACCGGCGCGCGCCCACCCCUGGCCAGCCUGGCGCCUCGAGCCGCACGCUGUGGCCGGACCGGCGCUGCCGCCUGGAUGAUACCAGGCCUACAUGAGCGACUGCCGAUUACGCAAUAUGGUUCACAAUACACGAGAGCGAGAGAGCGAACGAC